AUGGAGGAAGGUCUCACGCCCUCGCAAAAGGCCCAGCUUCAUGAGGUGGCCGACGGCAUGCUCAAGGUCUACCAGACGCUCGUCCGCAUGCGCUACCUCGACGCGUCGCUGAUCCAGGAGGGCCCGCACGACAUCGACCACCUGAUGCCCCUGUACCGCUCCCUCGGCCUGGAUCCCUCCAUCGUGUACCUUUACAGUAUCCUGCCGUACGUGGCGGGCCCCGGCGACGGCGGCGGCGGUGGCGGCGACUUCUUUCUGGGCGGCGAGUUUGUCGACUUUCGUAAGGAGGACGACGUUCGUCAGGGCCGGGACCCGUUCUACAGCGAGGCCGUUGAGGAUGCGAUGCGGCCGUGGAUGACGCCCCUGUCCGGCAUUGGGAACCACGGCACGGCGCUGCUGUACGACGCGCGGAAGCACUGCAUCGGCAUUUUCGAUCAGAUGAAUAGCGGGAGCUGCGACCAUAACCUGCACGAGGGCUACACCAUAAGGCGGGCGGAUGAAGGGGAUGAGGAGGCGGAGGAACACGGGGAGCAGGGCUCGGAUGGCGAAGGGAGCGCAGAGGGAGCGCAGGAGGAAGACGCCGAUGGGGAAGACGACGAAGAUCAUGGGAGCGAAAACGAUGAAGACGAUGAAGAAGAGGGGAAGGAGGAGGAUGAUGAUGAUGAAGACAACCUCACUGGCGAUGAGGACGAAGGGGAUGAUGACGACGACGACGACGACGACGACGAGCACGACAGCGACGAAUGCUGGCUCGACAUAAUGGACAGCCGCCCCGCCCCGAAUGUCCUCCGUGACAUGGCCCUCUGGCUCGAAGACCUCACCGAGCUACCAGGCGGCGGCGAGCAAUCCGACCCGCAAUGGAGCCCCGACAUCAUCAAGCCGCUCUACAUCAAGCACGGCUGGCCGCACGCGCACUUCAACGGCGACGCCUUCCUCGUCGACCAGGCCCGCGCGCAGGCCGUCCUCGACGCCAGGAGCGCAGCCGAGGAGCCCCGGCUCACGGUCGAACGCCUGCGAGACGGACGAGGUGGCAACGGCGACGAUGACGACGAAGGCGACAGCCCGGCCGUGCGGCGCCUGCGGGAGCGCCUCCGCGCCGCGACGACGCCGGAUGAUGAGUGGGCCGCGCGCUGGGAGCUGUGGCGCGCCGAGUGGAGGGAGCGGCGCAGGAUGCAGUGUCUCCGCGAGGCGGAGGCGGAGCUGGAGCGCGUUUGUCCCGGAGGGGUGUGCCAGAAGCCUGAUGAGUUGAUCUUGUGGGAGUUGAGGCAGCUGCGCGAGGACUUGCUCAGCGCAGAGCGCACAUUAAAGAGUUGCCAGCAGGAACUCGGAGACGCCGACGCCUCGACCGACGACGACGAUACUCGACGGUCCCUUCAGAUCCAGCUACGACAGGCAGAAAGCAGGGCCGCGACGUGCCGACGAGCCUACGAGGCGUGCGAGGCCGACGCCCAGAGGGAGUGUCCCGGAAAAGCGCCGCUGCCCCUGGGCCGCGGCGUCGAGACAACCGGCCUGGACCUGGAGCAGAGGCAACGGGACCUGAGCGGCCAGGCGGAGGGGCUUGAAGAGGAGAUUGGGCUCAUACGAGAGUGGGUGGCCGGGUUGCCCGACAAGCCGGGCGUGCAGACGGCGAGGGACAUGGCGCGGGCUCGGGUCGAGCAAUCUGAGGAACAGCUGCAAAGCACCAAGUGGCAGCUGGGCUGUGUGGUGAAGGACUUGGAGGGGCUGUGA